AAAAGCAAAGCGGUUACCUAUAGAUAGAAGAGUCCGCUCGGUGGCUUCGAUUGGAUCAAGGCUGCCCCCCACCGCUUCCCUCUCGUCGGCAAUCAUCAAUCGUGAUGAUUCCUCUUCCGUCCCCUCUCUCUGCAAUCCCCAAUCGCACCUCCAUUGUCGAACUGGGCGGUGGAUUACACACUUAGAAUCCGAAUUCCAAAGCGAUACAGAGCCCUACCCCUCUCUCAAACCCUCCACCCCUUUUCUUCUUCGGCCAAUCCCUAAUUCCCCUUUCCAACCCACCGCUAGAUUCCAGUCCUCUCUGAUUUCGGACCCUUCGAUUGCCUGUCUAUCUCCCUCGGUCUACGGUGACUCUUCUUGAUGGAGCCUCGCGUGGGGAACAAGUUUCGGUUGGGCAAGAAGAUCGGCAGCGGCUCCUUCGGCGAGAUCUAUCUGGGUACUAAUAUCCAGACAAACGAAGAAGUUGCCAUCAAGCUCGAAAAUGUGAAGACAAAGCAUCCGCAGUUGCUGUAUGAAUCAAAGUUGUAUAAAAUUCUCCAGGGUGGAACUGGAAUUCCAAAUAUCAGAUGGUUUGGUGUUGAAGGAGACUACAAUGUUCUUGUAAUGGAUUUGCUUGGGCCUAGUCUUGAAGAUUUGUUCAACUUUUGUAGUAGGAAGCUAUCCUUGAAGACUGUUCUUAUGCUUGCAGAUCAGAUGGUAAAUCGGGUUGAAUUUGUUCAUUCCAAGUCUUUUCUGCACCGGGAUAUUAAGCCAGACAAUUUCCUUAUGGGUUUAGGGAGGCGUGCAAAUCAGGUUUACAUGAUUGACUUUGGUCUUGCUAAGAAGUACAGAGACUCCUCAACUCACCAACACAUUCCUUAUAGAGAAAACAAGAAUUUGACGGGUACUGCAAGAUAUGCAAGCAUGAACACUCACCUUGGCAUUGAACAAAGCCGCAGGGAUGAUUUGGAAUCACUUGGAUAUGUUCUUAUGUAUUUCUUAAGAGGAAGUCUUCCUUGGCAGGGGCUGAAAGCAGGAACUAAGAAGCAGAAGUAUGAGAAGAUCAGCGAAAAGAAAGUUUCUACCUCAAUCGAGGCCUUAUGUCGGGGUUAUCCUACAGAAUUUGCAUCGUACUUCCAUUAUUGUCGUUCAUUGAGGUUUGAUGACAAACCAGAUUAUGCUUAUCUGAAGAGAAUAUUUCGCGAUCUUUUUAUUCGUGAAGCAGGGUUCCAAUUUGACUAUGUAUUCGACUGGACUAUUUUGAAAUAUCAGCAAUCACAGCUGGCCAAUCCACCUUCUCGUGCUCUUGCUGCUGGAACAAGUUCUGGGAUGCCUCAUGUCAUUGCCAAUGUUGAUAGACAACCAGGGGGUGAGGAUGGUAGGGUCAUUGGUUGGUCUUCAGCAAAUCACUCUCGUAGGAAUAGUGCACUGCCUGCAAAUUCUGGAGGCUUGUCUAAGCAAAAAAGUCCACUUCCAAAUGAGUCAUCGCCAAGCAGAGAUCCUGUGUUAUCUGGUUCUAAUGUUCUGCGGUCAAGUGGAUCAGCAAGGAGACCUGCUGUCUCUAGCAGUCGUGACCCAGUUAUCGCUGGAAGUGAAUCUGAUCCCUCCCGUGCUCGUGCCACAGAUUCAAGCCCAGGAGCAUUAAGGAAAAAUCCUAGUACUGGACAAGUACUUGGACAAAGUUCACUAGUUUUAUCCUCAGAUCACAAGCGCACUGCGAGUAGAAACUUCUCAACUGUAAAGAACAUGGAGUCUACUCUCAAGGGUAUCGAAGGGCUGCAUUUUAGCAGUGACGAGAGGCUGCAUUACUAGCUGCUGUCUUGCGAAGACAAGACCAUCUGUGACUGUAAAUCUUCAAAUGCUGUUUGCGCUUGAUAUGGAAUAUGUUUGCUUUUCUUUCAAGGUAAGCUGCUGAGUUGACGUUCCGGUGAUCAAAGUAUAAGCUAUAUUUGUGAGUGGUAAACUGUAGAAUGUAAUUAAGUCAUUAUAUUAAGUUUCUUGUCGUGCUUCCUUUACUAAAAGACAUGGAUAUUAACAAUAUCGUAAGGUUUUAAGGCAUUCUCUGUUCUCUCUUUCUCUGUUUGACACCUCAUUAUUAAUUUUAGGGCAAAAUUCACCAUUCCCUCUUGGGGUUUGGUACAAAACCAGGGAGUA